UUCUCCUUCUUUCUCCAACAGAACGGAAAAAGGAAAAAAAAAAAAAAAAUCCAGAUGGCUGUGAGCUUGUCCUGCCAUGCCGCUCUUCACUUUCAACGUCAAGCUGCUCCCAAACAUAAGAACCUCGACAAUGUCAAGAACAUCGUAAAACGAAUUGGGAUUGCUUCAGUUCAAUCUUCUCCUCUUGAAUCCCUCCGAAAUGGCCAUUGGGUCAAGCUUAUUUGUGGAGCAAGUUUCGAGGAUGUGGUUGAUAUCAGAAAUCUCUCUCUGGUUUACACUCUUGCUGGAGUUGAUUGUAUUGACUGUGCCGCUGAUGCAUCGAUCAUCAGUGCGGUGAAUGAGGGAAUUCAAGCGGCAAGAGGUGUUGCAGCCGUUCGUAGGCCUUGGGUGAUGAUCAGUGUCAAUGAUGAUCAAGAUCUUCAUUUCCGUAAAGCUGAGUUUGAUCCAGAGAACUGUCCAGGUGACUGUUCAAGACCUUGUGAAAAUGUUUGCCCUGCUAAUGCAAUAUCACUUCAGGAAGAAACAAUGCCACAGCUUCCGCAGGUGGCCAGUCUAUCUGGAGUAUUGAAGGGUGGAGUAAUCAGCGAGCGCUGUUAUGGUUGUGGCCGAUGCUUUCCAGUCUGCCCAUAUGAUAAAAUAAAGCUAGUAACAUACGUAAGAGAUGCAGCUACUACUGCUGAACUUAUAAAACGAUGCGAUGUUGAUGCUUUGGAGAUUCAUACCAAUGGGAGGCAAACCACUCCUUUUCAAGAACAUUGGGAUAGAUUAGGGGACGCAUCCAAAUAUCUAAGGCUAGUUGCAGUAAGCCUACCUAAUAUUGGGGAUUUAACAGUAUCUACAAUGAAGACUAUGUACUCGAUCAUGGAAUCGCGGCUCCAUUGUUCGAACUUAUGGCAGUUAGAUGGGCGCCCGAUGAGUGGAGAUAUCGGACAAGGUGCCACAAGGGAAACCAUUGCCUUUUCUGCUCAGUUAGCUCUUUCCAAUGAUCGUCCUCCCGGCUUCCUUCAACUGGCUGGUGGCACCAAUUUGCACACUGUUGAUGGCUUGAAGAAAGAAAACCUUUUUCAAUCUACAUCAACUCCAACGACUUUGAUGAAUGAAGAGUUAUCGGCAAAAUCGUCCAGCUCAAUGCAUGCUUUGAUUGGUGGCAUCGCUUAUGGGGGCUAUGCCCGGAAAAUUGUUGGAAGGGUUUUGAGUUCAAUGCAGAAACAGAAUGGAGAUGCCAAUAUUGAAAACUAUCCUGACUAUCUCCUGGCUGCACUUGGGGAAGCCUUAGCUUUGGUGGGAACUGUCAAAUGUUAUGACCCUUCUCUGUUAAGCUCAGCAAAAGUUAAAAGCUGAUCCUUAAGGGCCCGUUUGUCAGUUAGUUAUUGCUUGAUUUUUGUAUAUAUUGAUUAGAUAGUUCCACAAUACGUGAAAAAAUAUCUCUUUGGGAAUUAUAUAAAUAUUCCCCUGCACAUG